AUGACAUUGGAGCUAUGGGCAGAAUGCUCAGUCCUGUUUGGAAAGCAAACAACCUCUCCCUGCUGGCACUGCAUCCACAGCCUCUCACUGCUGGCACUGCAUCCACAGCCUCUCCCUGCUGGCACUGCAUCCACAGCCUCUCACUGCUGGCACUGCAUCCACAGCCUCUCACUGCUGCUGGCACUGCAUCCACAGCCUCUCACUGCUGCUGGCACUGCAUCCACAGCCUCUCACUGCUGCUGGCACUGCAUCCACAGUCUCUCACUGCUGCUGGCACUGCAUCCACAGCCUCUCACUGCUGCUGGCACUGCAUCCACAGCCUCUCACUGCUGGCACUGCAUCCACAGCCUCUCACUGCUGGCACUGCAUCCACAGCCUCUCACUGCUGCUGGCACUGCAUCCACAGCCUCUCACUGCUGGCACUGCAUCCACAGCCUCUCACUGCUGCUGGCACUGCAUCCGCAGCCUCUCACUGCUGCUGGCACUGCAUCCACAGUCUCUCACUGCUGCUGGCACUGCAUCCACAGCCUCUCACUGCUGGCACUGCAUCCACAGCCUCUCACUGCUGCUGGCACUGCAUCCACAGUCUCUCACUGCUGCUGGCACUGCAUCCACAGUCUCUCACUGCUGCUGGCACUGCAUCCACAGCCUCUCCCUGCUGGCACUGCAUCCACAGUCUCUCACUGCUGCUGGCACUGCAUCCACAGCCUCUCACUGCUGCUGGCACUGCAUCCACAGCCUCUCACUGCUGGCACUGCAUCCACAGCCUCUCACUGCUGCUGGCACUGCAUCCACAGCCUCUCACUGCUGCUGGCACUGCAUCCACAGUCUCUCACUGCUGCUGGCACUGCAUCCACAGCCUCUCACUGCUGCUGGCACUGCAUCCACAGCCUCUCACUGCUGGCACUGCAUCCACAGCCUCUCACUGCUGCUGGCACUGCAUCCACAGCCUCUCACUGCUGCUGGCACUGCAUCCACAGUCUCUCACUGCUGCUGGCACUGCAUCCACAGCCUCUCACUGCUGCUGGCACUGCAUCCACAGCCUCUCACUGCUGGCACUGCAUCCACAGCCUCUCACUGCUGGCACUGCAUCCACAGCCUCUCACUGCUGCUGGCACUGCAUCCACAGCCUCUCACUGCUGCUGGCACUGCAUCCACAGUCUCUCACUGCUGCUGGCACUGCAUCCACAGCCUCUCACUGUUGCUGGCACUGCAUCCACAGCCUCUCACUGCUGGCACUGCAUCCACAGCCUCUCACUGCUGGCACUGCAUCCACAGCCUCUCACUGCUGCUGGCACUGCAUCCACAGCCUCUCACUGCUGCUGGCACUGCAUCCACAGUCUCUCACUGCUGCUGGCACUGCAUCCACAGCCUCUCACUGUUGCUGGCACUGCAUCCACAGCCUCUCACUGCUGGCACUGCAUCCACAGCCUCUCACUGCUGGCACUGCAUCCACAGCCUCUCACUCACUACUCCCCUCCUGUUCUCCUGUGGUUUGAACAUGACCACCUGUAA